UUUCACCCACUUUAAAACUAAGCAAAAGGCCAGCUUUAAAUGAACAUAGUUUUAUUUCUAUCAUAAAUACUCACUGAACCAUGAAUUUCUCAAUACUUUUGGAGAAGAAACAAUAAAGCUAAGACUCCACAGAAUACUUCAGCAUUAAAGAAACGCUGACACUAGAAAACAGUAAUAAGUAAAGGGGGAGGAACCAGAGAGCCCGGGAGGUAACUGUAGAGACUCAUAUUGUUCACGAACCCUGAGCAUCUGCCGCUUGUCUAGAGAGGAGAGUGAGAUGGGGUCCCAGCUCCCGGUUUUUCUUGUCUCAGCGUUCAGUGGAGCCCAGGAGGAGCAGGAACAGCAGAUGCAGGAGGAAAAGUGCAGCUUUGAAAGGUGAGCUUCUGCCCUCACUCAGGCUGCCUGAGACUUUGCCUCCAUCUGCACUGUCCCCGGCCAGGCAGGUCCCAGGAUGCCAGCGGCAGAGCUGUCUCUCAGGAAGCAGGGCCUCGGUGGCUCCUGGAAGGAGGCAGAAGGCAGAUGCUUCCCAGAUCCCGUGCUGGGAACGAAGCCUCGGGGCCUGGGCCUGGGUGCUUCCCUAGCAGGGCUCCCAGGAGGGGCCCUGGGUUGUUGUGGACCAGUAGUGCUAGACUGGGAGCAGGACCCCAGGUCCAGCUGUGGGCGGGCCGUUUACCUUUGCUCAGGUCCCUCCCUGGUGCCCCUGCCCUUUCUCACCACACGGACUUAGCGGCGGAGAGGGGGGGAGCAGGGGGUAGUGGAUGGAAACACUUUGUAAAUGACAGAGCACUACCUGUGCUGAGCCUUCCAAUCCUGUCAGGGGUCAUGUAGCCUUGACCCUGAUGCUUGGGCUCCUGAGUCAGCUGUCCAGGGUGUCACUCUUAAAGGCCCAUGGCACUCAGCCUCCUGUCAGACCCCCAGGCCCUGUUCCACUAUGUGACCCAGUCUCCUGAUUUCCAGCCUGCAGAGAGUGCCUGCAAGACCUGGAAAAGGCUCGGGGCCUAAUUAAUCUUCUCGGAAGGUAAAGAAUCUUCCCCUUCUCUCCUGGGUCCUCUUCCUCCGAACCCAUGAUGUCACCUUAGGCCACCUGGCACUGCCCUGGGAGGGGCCAUGGGACAGGGUGUGGCGAUGGCCCUGGGGUGAGGGACAGCAGGCACACUGGGAAGUCAGUGUCAGGACCAUGAAGGACCCUGGAGGCGCCCACACUGCACGGCCUGCCUGCCUGCCUGCUCCUGGCUGCAGCCUGUGCCUCCAUCUCCUGCAGCCACCUGGGGAGGCCCCCUGAACAGGGCGGCUUUCUUCAGCGCUCCUCUCAAGACCCCUCUGGUGAGGUCUGCGAAGCAGCGCCUGCUGGAGCCAACGGGCCCUGCGGGGCGCCUGUGGAAGAUGCUGUUCCCACCAUGUCCUCCUUGGCCUCUCUGGCUCCUGUGACUGAGUGCCCGUUACCUCCGGCUUCCACCUUGUCACCAGGACCGACCAACUUCUCUGUCCCCCUUCAUUCCCACUCACCCCUGAGUGCCUCUCGGACACCAGAGCCUUUUCUUUUGCUGGAUGACCUUUCACCCCAGCCACUUGCACUUUCCUGUUCCCCUUCACUUCCCCCUGAUUCAGGGGCCCACCCUCCAGCUCCCACAGCCUCCUCUGCCUCACCACCACCAGCCUCCACUCUGACUCUUCCCCAUUGUGACUCAGUGGCACUGACACUGGGCCCCGUCCCGCAGAGCUCAUGUCCACACACACCUCGGUCGGCUUCUCCCUCCCCAGUUCAACUGCAGGCUACAGCCUCUCCACUGCUUUCCCAUCCCCAGCCCAUGUCUCCCUUGGCGUUCCCAUCUCCACCCUGGCUUCCAACCGUGCCUCAAUUGCCCCCACCUCUGGCUCAGGUCCAGACCCGAUGCUCUCUACCAGCCCUACCACCUUCUUCUCCACCUCAGAUUGGAAGCUGUGGAGUAUCAUGCCUGACAGCACGGAAUGAGUCACAAUUUUUAAUCCCAAUUGAGAUUCCACAUCCAGAAAGGCCCUUGUUGCAGAAGCAAGUAGAAAGCGGGUGGGAUUUAUCCUCUGUAGUCAAAAGGUCUCAGGAAGUCUUCAGUGUCUUCACUUCCAACUGUCCCAAGGACAGCAUCCUUCCUGAGAAUUUUCCUAUCAAUCCUGAGUCCCAGAAGCAACUGGAGCCACAUCUGCAAAACUGGCAUAUGCAACACAGCUGGGAGCUGUCUCCCAAGAUCCAAGAACCUCCCAAACCAGGGCAACAUCAGAGCGAAUUACCAGACACCUGUCAGGCAGAGGACAAGCAUGAGUCCUCACAGCCCUCUUCACACACAGGUGAAAGCAGCAACGACACACAGAACGUGGGGCUCCAGCUAAGCCACGUCACAGAGAAGGUCCCAAAAGAACUCUCCAGGGGCUCAGAAAGCUCCCUAGUGACGUUUCAGAGGGUAGACUCUGAGGAGUCAGAAAGUGACGUGAUACUUUUGAGAAAAGACUGCGGAAGUGAUUUACUGAGGAACUUAGACAAAAACCUAGAAAACACGCUAAAAGGCCACUCGGGCAGCAAGUUGGGACAGAGGAGCAAGAGCCUGAUGAGUGUGCAUGGACGCUGGCUUGCUGUCAGGCACUCUUCUGCCAAGGCUGACACUCACAUGGAAACCAAAAAUCUGGGAAUUUUGAAGGAUUGGGAACCCUGCAUGAAUGCCUCUCAUGGGGUGGUCUUUCUCGAUACUGACGUUCAAAAGGUGCUAGAAGCACAUAUUACAAAGUUUUGGGUGAAGCACAGGUGGGGCCUGCCCCUCAAGGUCCUCAAGCCCAUGCAUCUCGUUAAGUUGAAAAGGGCUCAAACUUCACCCAUUCCACACUCAUCAACCUGUGUCUCUGGGGCCUUCUCAAUAGACAAAAUUAUUGAGUUCCCAGAAAAGCCACUAUCUCAGGCCUGUCCAGGAGAUAAAGUGAAAACAGACGACUCAGUUCCCACCCUGGCAAAGUCUCUCCUUGCCUCCUCACGUGUGUGUGAGGAAAUGCAGAGUGCUCUAGGAAGGACCCCACCUGGGGUUGGCCAUGGUCCUUCAAAGGCCUCUCUGACUAGACAGGAGGGUAGGCCACCAUCUCAGUCUGUCUCACUCACCUGGAAGAAUGAGUGA